AUGAGCUUUGGUGGAGGCGCAUUUAAACCAAAAGGAUUUGGUACAGGUACAACGACUCCAUCAUCUGGUGGCUUUGGUGCUAAACCUGCUACAGGAUUUGGCAUUGGAUCAACUUAUUCUACAACAAAUAAAUUUGGCGGUACAUCUACAACUUCAUCGACUACUACCAAUUCUUUGAUGAAGACAAAAUCGAACACAGGCAAUGGCACUUACAGCCCGCCAUUUAAUUCAGCAACAACAGAAUUUAAAGAACAAGAAGUCGAAAUUACGUCUGCCAACAAUACAAAUCAAAAAAUUACAGUCAUGAAUAUAACAGCAAUGCCACAAUUCAAAAAUUGUACACCAGAAGAGUUAAGAUUUUACGAUUAUCUUAAUUCAAAGAAAAUUGAAACGCCAGAGGAUUUCAGACAAGACAUUAAGGGCGGCCUUCAAGCUGUUGGUUCAAUUGGUGGCAAUACAGCCCAAGCAGGAGCUGCCAAGCCAACUCUUCAAGGAAUUCAAGGAAAAACGCUUCAAUCAGCGACUUCUACUGAAAAAGAGCCAACAAUCAAUGCGAACGAACUUAAAUUCCCAACACCAAAACCCGGUGUCGUUUUAACUGCUGCAGAAUACUUCAAAUCUAAAGCCGUUCCAAUUAUUAAAGAAGAAGAUGAAAUAAACAGUAUCGAAGGAUCUAAGAAAUAUCAUAGAAACUACAACUCGUUAUUUACUAAAAGAAAUCCCGAUUUUUCUGAUGGAUAUGAAUUUAAGAAAAUUACACCUCUUAAAUUCACAUCAGACAUGCUAAAAUGUGCAUUUCCUAAGAAGUCAGAGCGAUUCUUACCUUACAAUCCUCUAAAAACCAUUCCUCCAAUAGAUGAAAUUUCAGGACAGAUUGAUCACUUCAAAGUUUCAAGAGAAGGAUACGCUGACAUCGAAUUCAUGGAUACAAUUGAUAUUUCGAACAUAGAUAUACAAAAUGACAUAGAAAUCAAACCAUGCUUUGUUAAUUUCUAUCCUUACCUCCAACAGAGCCAGAAACCAGCAUCUGGAAAUGGAAUGAAUGUGAGAACAAGGAUAACAAUGUAUAACUGCUGGCCAAUUCAAGAUCCAAACGUAGGAAUUCGCCAGAGAUUUAAACCAGAUGAUGAAGAGUCAAUUAACAGAUUUUCUGCAAAGCUUCAAGCAUUUUGCGCAACAAAGGCCGCAAGAUUUGUUUGUUAUGAUUAUAUUAGAGGUGUUUUCAGUUUUGACAUAUUUGAUGUUACUCUCGGUCCUUAUGAGGCACCAGAUAGCUUAUAA